CAAAUUAAGAAUAUAACGUACGUAACCAAAUUUUAUGUGAAUUAAGAUCUUUUUCUAUUCCUCUCUACUUCUUCUUCUUCUUCUUCUUCUUCUUCUUCUUCUUUCUUUUUCUUUUUCUUUUUCUUUCUAGCUAGUAGUAGACUAGUAGUGGUUGCUUCUUUAUAUAUCCUAAUCAAUUAAAAGAAAUUAGAAUAAUACUCAAUCAUGAUGAUUAUAUUGACAUAGCUAAUCAAUAUAGUCAAGUUUUUUCCAUAUAGAUACUAGCUAGUCUUUAAGUCAAAUUAAUCUUAUAUUUUGGGCAUUUGUUCUCUCUAAUAUGGGAGGCCCAAUACUAAUUAAGUGGAACUACUUUCAUAUAUCUUAUUAUUCUUUUUCCACUUUCUACAUUCUUAAAUUACACUACAUAAUUUCCAUUUAUAUAUACAUCAAGUACUAUAAUCAAUAUAAAACCCUAAUUCAAUAUUUUGGGCUCUUAAUAAGUUGCAUAUUAAUCACCUAAUAAUUUUUCUGAGUAUUCUUAAUAAUCUUUCAAAUUUCAAUAAUGGUUUCUGCUGAUGCUGCUCGAACUUUUGUUGGUAUAUUAGGAAACAUCAUUGCACUUAUCUUCUUCUUGUCCCCAAUGCCAACAAUGAUUGAUAUAUGGAGAAAAGGUAGAGUAGAACAUUACUCAGCAAUACCAUACCUUGCAACCCUAUUGAACUGCAUGUUAUGGGGCCUAUAUGGGCUCCCAAUGGUGCAGCCAGGAAGUCUUUUAGUGUUGACUAUCAAUGGAAUUGGGAUUGUCAUCGAGUCUUGUUUCAUCUUAAUCUUCUUUAUUUUCUCAGACAAGAAAGCAAGGCUAAAAGUACUUGUGGUCCUUAUUUUGGAGCUAAUUUUCACUUCUCUUCUAGCAUUUUUGGCUUUAAACCUUGCUCAUACUCAUGCUAAGAGGUCACUCAUUAUAGGCAUUGUUUGUGUCUUCUUCAAUAUUUUGAUGUAUUCUUCACCUUUGGCCAUCAUGAAAUUGGUGAUUAAGACAAAAAGUGUGGAAUACAUGCCCUUCUUCUUUUCUCUUGCCACUGUUGUCAAUAGCUCUGUUUGGAUUGCUUAUGCUCUUAUUCGGUUCGAUCCCAUAAUUAUGAUACCCAAUGGGCUGGGCUUAAUGUUUGGGCUGGCCCAGUUGAUAAUUUAUGGUUUGUUCUACAAGUCUACAAAGAGAAUUAUAGCAGCAAGGAAAGAGAAAGAGGUUGAUUUGUCAAAGGUGGUUGUGUGUGGAGUACAUGAAGUAGAAGAAAAGCCCAAUAAGCCCAGUACUAUUGCCCUUUAAUAAUGGGUGGCCCAUUUUAGGAGAUCUUUCUUUACUACAUAAGUAAGCUUCGAAAUUUAUAAUUAUUGUAAUACUAGAACAAAAAAAUCAUAAAAUUACUAAAAUAUUGAUUAAUAAAUAGUUAAUUAAGAAAAUUUCAAUAAAAAUAACUAGUAAAUAAAAGUUCAAAUAUAAUUGAAAAAAAA